AUGAGGGACGCUAGGGAUGCUUCAGUCAUUCUAGCAGAACAAGGUGGCCACCAUAUCGAAGAUGUGAAUGAAUCUUUUCACAUCUUAGAAAAUUUCCAUCCCCAAUACAUCCUAGAGAAUGUUUGGAAAAACUUAUGUGCUUAUUGGAACACUCCUAAGUGGAAAAACAUAUCUGCAUGUGCAAAGGAAAACCGCAACACUCCCGAUGCUAAUGGGAAGACUGGGAGGCACACAGGCGGGAGCAUUGGAAAUGCUGACCAUCGCAGGAAACUGAAAGAAGCAACAAGUAAAGAUCCAUCAUGGUUGGAUCUGUUUAUGAAGACCCGUCUUGAUAAGGAAUCAAAGAAAAGAUAUUUUGAAGGUGAUCGUUCCAAUUUGCACUUUUGCUCAGAGACUGCACGUCAGGGACAUAGACAGAAAGGGACCCACAAGGGUCGUAUGUAUGGGAUUGGGACUGCCGAUAGUCAGUUUUUGUUUACGGGGUCACUAUCUGUGGGGGGUGACAGCUCACAUUAUGUGCAAAAUGAAGAGGUAGAAAGAUUGCGCAAUGAAAUGGCUAGCAUGCGGGAAGCUGAAGCACAAAGGGAAGCACGAGACGCACAAAGGGAAGCACGAGACGCACAAAGGGAAUUGGAAAUGGAGGAGAUGCGAAAAAAGCAUGCCUUGCUUGAAGCACAAAUGACGGAUUUUUUCAAGCAAAACAAUUUCUCUGGAAAUCCACCACAAAGAAACUAG